AUGGCAAAUCUUCAAAGUGAGCCAUGGGGCUUCCCCGGCGUGCCAGCCAGUGAAGACCAGCAACAAGAGACCUGCCAGGUGUACAACGAUCUGCAAGCGGCUGUGGAGGUGAGCUCGGGCUCCGUCUCCGCCGACUCGCCCGUUCUCUACCCGGGCUCCGGAUGUAGCUUGGCACUUUCGUGCCGAGACAUGAAGGUUUCAGUGUGGCUGCGUGACGAUCCUGGAGUUUGUGGGAGCUGUGCUGUCACUGCUAGUCGAAGCUUGACGUUGUCCCAGGAUUUCGGCGACUUCUCUCGUGAAGCUGCGGAACUGAUCCGAAAGGACAUGCGAGCAGCACGAAAGGAAGCCGGUUUGCGACAGGCACGAAAGAAGGAGAUUUGCCAGCAGCUGUAUGAGGAAGUGAAACGCGCAGCGGUCAGGAAGCAACGAAGAAUGAUCAUCUGUACAUCCAUCACCAUUUUGGCUCUUCUGGGCCUUGUCAUCUUCGGGGCUAUAGCUAUCGCGAAUAAGCUGCAGCCGCUCAUCUUCGAGGGCGAGAGCCAGAGCCACGAGGCUGCCGGCGUCGCCGCUCUGGCCGUGAUUCUGUGGUGCAUUGCCAUGGGCUGCGUGGGUGUGCUGAGGGCCAGCGCGGACGAUGCCACCGCCGCGCAGCUGCAGACCUCUCUGCGAGCGGCGCGCCCUGAGCUGCAGGGCUACGAGGAGGACGGCACCUUGCGCGGGAUCGCCCUCCGAGACGAGCCCGACGUUGAUUCCGAGAACGAGGACAUUCGAUAUUCGCUUUUUGUCAUUUGCUACUGGGGAAUGCCGAUCGCGGGCGUAAUCUGCGGAAUUAUGAUUGCUGCGCGGCUCUACGAAGAUGGCCACUUCUGGGGCGUCCUUAUCGUUUCGAUCCCGGCCAUCGCUGCGGCCUGCUUUGGUGGCGGCUGGAUGUGCCUGUAUACACUGAGACAAGAUGACUUGGCCUGGAGGCUGUGCCAGGCCUCUCUGGUUUUCUUCCAAUGGCCGCUGAUACUCCUGAAUGCUGUUGCGAAGUGCCGGGGUGGAUCUGACUCUGCCAAGGCCGUCUCUGCCCUGAUUCAGCCUGCGAAGGAGGACUUGAACCAAGCGGUGUUGCAAACGAACCAGAGGACCAUCGUCUUUGAGGGGAACGUCCUCCCGGGCCAUCACACCGUGGCUUCCUGGCCGGGGAAGUACGAAUCCGCCUGGGACUUGCUGGUUGCCGGAGCCCGGAAGGACGAGAUCAGCGCUGCCGUGGUGUUCCUGCCCGAAGGUUCAGAGCACUUUGGGCUGCACGAUCCCAUUCCCAGGACAGAGGACCUCCGCGACUUAAGAGGUGAAUGUUGGUGCGUGCCCCUCUACGGCGAAGCGAAACCCUGGGGCUGCCGAUGGUGGUCUCACUGGAUCGCCAACAUAGAGAAGGCGGUCCAGCUGGGGGCCACUCUCGAGGUCUACUUCUUCAAUGGGAAGAAAGGCCAAGGGAAAGCAGCGGACUUCGCAGCAGCCGGCACAGAGCAUCGGCGAAGGGACUCGAUCUUCCGCCGGAAAGCAGACUUUGGGAAGUCAGAGGGUUUCCUCAGAGCCCUGGAUGAUGGGCUGGACCAGCUCUCUAAGGAGAGAGGUCCAGAUGGCUCAUCACCUUUUUCGCGGGAGGAGCACCGGCUCUUCUUGGCCUGGCUGCAGGAGGAGGAACGCAAGUUUCUUGAGCAUUCGGAGGGCUUGGGAAAUUCACAAAAGGCGGAGGUUGCCUGGCUGGAACGGAAAGGCUAUCAUUACCUUGAAAAAGAAGUCAGCGAACUUGCCGAUUCGUCGCCGAAGGCGAUGGGUUGA